ACGUCUCCGUUUCGAGCCGGGUUUGUGGUGACCAUUUCUCACAAGACAGCUUCACUCAGCUUGAUCUCGGUUUCACCACCCGCUUAAUAUUAAACGUCGACGCGGUUCCUACGAUUUAUCCCGGCGAUCGUGCCUCAAAUGAUGAAGAUGAACAGGCAGCAGAGGCUGGAAACGAAGUGGAGGAGACCUGCAAUAUCACCAUCAGCAGCACAGUCUCUUUGGCCUGUGUCAAGGAGGAACCUUUUGAAUAUGAAGUGAGCCAGUUCACGAAGCCCCGAGAAGAAAGUAAAUCAGCAUUGGCCAAGCAGGUCAAACAAGAGGAAAAUGAGUGCCUGCUUACUGCUGAAACAUGUGCGGAGGGACGUGAGCAACUCAGGAUCAUUCGGAGGGCUGAGAUCAAACGUGAAAGAGGCCGUAGUGACCUGGAAGAAGAAUCCCAAGAAGAUAAAGACAAACGUUUCAGCUGCUCGACCUGUGGACAGAAGUUCCGCAAUAAAGGUGUUCUUAUGCAGCAUGAAAGCAAUCACACAGAGGAGAGACGGGUCAGAAUCUACCGCUGUCACCACUGUGGGAAGGGUUUUCGCGCUCCGAGCAUUUCUGAAAGCUCAUGAGAAGCUCCACGAGGAGUCGGAGUCCUCUUUAACACACGGGUGCACCCUCUGUCCCCGCCGUUUCCGCUACAAGGGCUCUCUGGAUGCUCACAUGAGACACCACACAUCCCAGGUGACGUAUAAAUGCCCGGUCUGUGAGGAAGUUUAUGAAGUGAAAGGGGAGCUUUCUCAGCAUGUUAAAGCGGCUCACGCUGGAAGUAAGCUCGUGUGCAGUUAUUGUGACAAAAGUUUUGUACGAGUGGAUGCUUUUUUCAAACACAUUGAUAGACAUGUAGUGGUGACCCCAUAUUACUGCAGCACUUGCAAAGUGUACCAGCUCACUGAGCGUGGCUACCUCUGCCAUAUGCGCAUUCAUGAGAAGAAGCGCCUUUUGAGGCUAAAUGCUCAGAAGGGUCCUGAAGUGGACAUAGGAGAAAAAGCUCAAGGAGAAUUCAAGUUGCAAAGUGACUCUGAAACACACUUGACUCCUGGAGCUCUGAGUGAGCCUGUGGAGGAACCAGUCAGGGUGCACAUAGAGACUGAAGAAGGCUUGGAGUUGGAGCCAGAACUGAUGGUUGGUGCAGAGUCAGUAGUUCAGUUUGAGGAAACUGGAACAGAUCAUAUUGUUCCUGAAUCAAACCUGUCACUGCCCUCGCCACAGGAGCUGUCCUAUACCGACACCAGUGAGGACACUGAUGAUAUGGAUUGAGACAUCUGGUCUUACCCAAGAGAGCAUUCCAUGGCUGAUGCUGAACUAGUGGUUCCUAAUAACCUCUAGAUCUUGUCAUUACUUUGAUCUAAACUACUUUGAGAAGUAGCUGUGCAGCAGUUUUCAUAUAGACAUGUGCAUUUUCUAUUUUUCUUAUUAAUGUAGAUUUGUUUUGUAAAAAGAAUGGUCCUAUUGUUUUAAACAUUGCUUUGAGGAUUCUUGUACAUAUACAUUCAUAUGCAAAAGUUUGAACACUCCUUGUUAACCUACAUGUCUUGUUGAUUUUCUAAGUGAAAAUAAUUUAACACAUCCUCUACAGAGAACACACUUAAAUAUGGUAUUUUCCUGCUAAUUAGUGCACAGUAUUCAACAUAUCAGAAACAAAAAUAAAAGAUAAAAUACAAAAUGUGCCUCAACUUUUGCACAGGCCACAUUUUGUUUUUUUGUUGUUGUUAAAUACAGCAUAUAAACUAAAAACAAUGUGUUCUCUGUAGAGGAUGUGUUAACUGAUUUUGACUGGAAGGUUUACUACAGUAUACAUGCACUUGGUAAGAUGCGUACUUUUGAAAACACUAUUAAAAAUUUAAGACAUUUCUUUUACACCACAGACUGAUAUAUGAUGAUAUACAUGAUGGAUAAUAAUUACUUUAACCCCUAGGAACAGUGAGGGGUGUAAUUAUACUGUAACAUUUAUAUAGCCUACACACUUAAAAAUCAUGGUUCUUAAAGAAAAUGGUAAAGAAAAUGGUUCUAUGUAGAAGAAAUGAAUACUUAAAGGACCCUUUGGGUUCUUUGCAUCGUGAAAGGGUUCUUCAGAUUGAUGGAGAAUGUGUUGAAUAUGGUUCUAUAUAGAACCUUUUUGAAAAGGGUUCUUUCUUUUAGUACAAGCUUGACAUCAUAACAGAAGAACCCUUUUUGGUGUUAUCUAGAACCCUUUUCAAAAAGGCUCUAUACAAACCAUAUUCAACACAUUCUCCAUCAGUCUGAAGGAAAUCUUAAAGAACUCUUUAAUCAUGCAAAGGGUUCUUGGAGUGCUCAUGGUUCUAUAUAGAAUCACUUUCUUUCCUAAAGAACCCUUGAAGACUCAUCUUUUUUGUUACACUUAGAUGUGCGUAGUGACUCAGUAUACUAUGUGUAUAUUCUACUUCCAAUGCAUGGAUUAUGUCUAAUCCUAGUUUGAAUUGCAGCAUCAAUGGUAAAUCACCAUUAGAAUUUUCUCUAGACUUCACUGGAAACUGGCCCUAAAUGUCUGAAACCUUUUCUGAAAUCAAAGUCAUUAAUAGUACUUCUGUUUGCUGCACUAACAGCUUCUACUCUUUAGGGAAGGCUUUACACUAGAUGUUGGAACAUUGCUGUGUGGAUCUGACUGCUUUCAACUACAGGAGCAUUAGUGAGGUCAGGUACUGAUGUUGGUUGCUUAGUUCUGGAUCACUAAGUGCCUCUCCACUCAUCAAAAGUAUUGGAUGGAGCUCCAUCCUUCAGAUUCCAUUGCUCCACAGACCAAUGCUGAAGGGCUUUAUACCCCUCUAGCCAACGCUUGACUUUGGGCAUGGUGGAGGCUAAUUUGCGGCUGCUCUCAAGCAUCUAUUGGCAAUGCUUAGUGAUUAUACAAGCUGUGUUAGCAAAGGGUGCACCUAAAAGUAGCUGUAUUCAAUAAUUAUAAUAUACUGUUGGAUAUAUACUGUACUUAAUAUACGUAAGUAUAAUGAAUAUAACUUGUAUUGAGACUCAGCAAUACUGUAGAGGCCCAUUUUUAAAAAAUCUGAGAACAGUUCUUGUCUAUGUAGAUGUAAUUUUUUCCCUCAUAAAAAUGUAAAACUUUACUACACGUAAAUGAGAGAUCAGUAUAGUAGCUUUCUUUUUUUCCAGCACUCUUCUAUUUUAAAGAGAGGAAAGGCUACAAAGCAACAGAGAGUCCAGAACAUAACCCCAUUUAAAACCUUACAAAAUAACAACACAGGCCUGCUGGAAAACAGA